CUUCAAUAAAGUACUUGAUCUAUGCUUGGACUUGAAUGACGUCACAUAAGCUCUCUUGCCCUCUUUUGCUGUCGACGUGCUCCGCAUGCGGGAAAAGUGAGGUUGGAAAGUCGUAGACAUGGAGCUCAACGAGGAUCUACCGAGUAAAAAGCUUACGCACAAGGAGAAGAAGAAGCUGAAGAAGCAGCAGGAAUAUGAACGGACGAUGGAAAUGCUGACGAAGGCUGGCUGUCAGGGUCAUAGUGAAUUGGAGUCUAAUUUCACAAUCUCGCAGAGAGAGACGCAGCAGCGUGGCAAUCAGCAGCUGGACCACGCGGUCGACAUCAAGGUGGACAAUUUCAGCAUAGCAGCCAAGGGCAAAGAGCUCUUUACCAAUGCCAGUCUUCUCAUAGCGCAAGGCAGACGUUAUGGCCUAGUGGGGCCUAACGGUCAUGGCAAGACUACUUUGCUCCGUCAUAUAGCCAAAAGAGCCUUCAAUAUUCCAAGUACCAUAGAUGUUUUAUACUGUGAGCAAGAAGUUAUAGCAGAUGAUACACCAGCUGUAGAAGUAGUUCUGAAAGCUGAUACAAAAUGUACAGAGCUUCAGGCGGAAUGUAAAAGAUUAGAAGAAUUGACUGAACAAGGAGUAACAGAUGCGCAAAACAGACUGCAGGAGGUUUAUGAAGAAUUAAAAGCUAUUGGUGCUGACUCAGCAGAGCCACGAGCUAGACGAAUCCUUGCUGGUCUGGGAUUUAAUCGUGCUAUGCAAGAUCGUCCGACAAAGAAUUUCUCCGGUGGUUGGCGAAUGCGUGUUUCGCUUGCAAGAGCACUCUUUCUGGAACCCACAUUAUUGUUACUAGACGAACCUACAAAUCACUUGGAUCUGAACGCGGUAAUCUGGCUGGAUAAUUAUCUACAGGGCUGGAAGAAAACCCUGCUUGUUGUAUCACACGACCAAAGUUUCUUGGACAAUGUAUGCACAGAUGUGAUACACCUGGACCAGCAAAAGUUAUUCUAUUAUAAAGGAAAUUAUAGCAUGUUUAAGAAGAUGUAUGUACAAAAGAAAAAAGAGAUGGUAAAAGCAUACGAGAAGCAGGAGAAACGAUUGAAGGAUCUUAAAGCAUCUGGUCAAAGCAAGAAGCAAGCUGAAAAGAAGCAAAAGGAAGCUCUUACUAGGAAGCAAGAGAAAAAUAGGACGAAAAUGCAGAAGCAAGAGGAGGACACUGGACCUACGGAAUUGUUGCAGAAACCAAGGGAAUAUAUAGUAAAAUUCAGUUUUCCAGAUCCACCACCACUUCAACCUCCAAUUCUUGGCCUUCAAAAUGUAACUUUUGCAUAUGAAGGACAAAAACCGUUGUUCAUCGACGCAGAUUUCGGUAUAGACUUAAAUUCUCGAGUAGCUAUAGUAGGUCCUAAUGGUGUCGGCAAGUCUACAUUCUUGAAAUUACUAAUGGGUGACAUAACGUCUCAAAAGGGAGAAAUCACAAAAAAUCAUCGAUUGAGGAUAGGAAGAUUUGAUCAGCACUCUGGUGAGCAUCUGACUGCUGAAGAGACCCCGGCGGAAUACUUGAUGCGCUUAUUCGAUCUUCCAUACGAAAAGGCGCGCAAACAAUUAGGCACUUUUGGUCUUAGCUCUCACGCGCACACGAUCAAGAUGAAAGAUCUAUCGGGAGGCCAAAAAGCACGCGUCGCGAUGGCUGAGCUUUGUCUAAAUGCGCCAGAUGUGCUGAUUUUAGACGAACCGACCAAUAAUCUCGACAUAGAAUCCAUUGACGCAUUGGCUGACGCUAUAAAUGAAUAUAAAGGCGGUGUCAUUAUCGUCUCGCACGACGAACGAUUAAUUCGAGAUACAGAAUGCUGCCUCUAUGUGAUUGAGAACCAGCAAAUCCUCGCUAUGGACGGCGAUUUCGACGAUUACAGGAAAGAAUUGCUCGAGAGUCUGGGGGAAGUUAUCAAUAAUCCCAGUAUAGCUGCAAAUGCUGCUGUUUUACAAUAAUGGUUAGUCAAUUAGUAAUCGAUACUUUGUUGGCCAGAUGCAAAAAUGAUCGUUGAAUCGCGACCGAAAAGCCUUCAUAAGGACAUCUGUUCCUAAAAUCGCUAGAAACGAAUUUUGUAUUAUAUGCCAAUUAUAUGAAUUUAAAAUUAAAUCUUUAAAAACAUGAAGCUGGUGUUGGCUGAUUGUUUUUAUUUAUCUCAUUUUAUGUUGAUCAAUUUACAAUGAUUAAUAUUAAUACGCUUAUAUCUAGUUAUUUGUAGAGCACGAAAUUAUAAAUUUAUAAAA